UUAUUUAGAAGGAGAAUGCUGCGGUACGUGUUGUCCCUGUGUUUGCUGGCCCUGACCUGGGCGCAGGACUGCCAAGUGGCUAACAUUCAAGUCAUGCAGAACUUCGACAGAACCAGGUACACAGGGACGUGGUACGCCGUGGCCAAGAAAGACCCCGAGGGUUUGUUCCUCAUCGACAACAUCGUGGCCCAGUUCAUCGUGGCAGAAGACGGCUCCAUGACAGCCACGGCCAAGGGCCGAGUCAUCAUUCUCAACAACUGGGAGUUGUGCGCUGACAUGCUGGCCACUUUCGAGGAAACCGGCAUACCUUCCAAGUUCAGGAUGAGAUAUUGGGGAGCCGCAGCCUACCUGCAGACUGGAAAUGAUGACCACUGGGUCAUAGACACCGACUACGACAACUACGCCAUCCAUUACUCCUGCAGACAAGUGGACGCUGACGGCACCUGUUUGGACAGUUACUCCUUCAUCUUCUCCAGACACCCGACGGGUCUGAGACCGGAGGACCAGCGCAUAGUCACCCAGAAGAAAAGCGAGCUGUGCCUUCUGGGAAAAUACAGACGCGUCCCGCACAAUGACUUCUGCAACAACGCCAGUUGA